AUGGAGUCUGGAGAAGCCGGACAGCGCCCGGUGUCCCCUGACGGCACCCAGGAGGACGCGGCUUUCAACCUGGUCAUCCUGUGCCUCACCGAGGGCCUCGGCCUGGGCGGCCUGCUGGGGAACGGGGUGGUCCUCUGGCUGCUGAGCUGCCACGUCUACGGAAACCCCUUCGCCACCUACCUCCUGGACCUGGCCUGCGCCGACCUCAUCUUCCUCGGCUGCCACAUGGUGGCCGUCGUCCCCGACUUGCUGCGGGGCCAGCUGCGCCUCCCGGCCUUGGUGCAGACCAGCCUGGCCACCCUGCGGUUCUUCUGCUACAUCGUGGGCCUGAGCCUGCUGGCGGCCGUCAGCGUGGAGCAGUGCCUGGCCACCCUCUUCCCCGCCUGGUACCCCUGCCGCCGCCCGCGCCACCUCGCCACCUGCGUGUGCGCCCUCACCUGGGCCCUGGGCCUGCUGCUGCACCUGCUGCUCAGCGGCGCCUGCACCCAGCUCUUCGGGGCCCCCAGCCGCCACCUGUGCAAGACGCUGUGGCUGGUGGCCGCCGCCCUGCUGGCCGUCCUGUGCGGCGCCAUGUGCGGCGCCAGCCUGCUCCUGCUGCUGCGCGUGGAGCGCGGCCCGCAGCGGCCCCAGCCGCGGGGCUUCUCCGCCCUGGUGCUGCUGGCCGUCCUCCUCUUCCUCUUCUGCGGCCUGCCCUUCGGCAUCUACUGGCUGUCCCGGAACCUGCACUGGCACAUCCCCCACUACUUCUACCACCUGAGCUUCCUCACCGCCGGCCUGCACUGCGCCGCCAAGCCCGCCCUCUACCUCUGCCUGGGCGGCGCCCCGGGCCGCAGGCUGCGCGAGCCCCUCCGCCUGGUGCUCCGACGGGCGCUGGGGGGCGAGGCCGAGCUGGGGGCCGGGAGGGAGACCUCCCGCCGGGGCCUCGUGGACAUAGCAGCCUGAGCCCGGGGUCCUGCCCCAGCUCAGGCCCGCCGUGGG